AUGUCAAAGAUUGCUAAGGUUGAUCAAAGUGUUAAGGAAUAUCUGGAGGAAGCUGGGUCUGAAAAAUGGGCUCGGUGUCACUCUCCUGUAAAUAGAGGUAGAAUGAUGACUUCAAAUAUAGCCGAAUGUAUUAAUAGUUGUUUGGUUGAGGCUAGAAAACUUCCUAUUCUAGGUUUCCUAGAAGAAGUUAGAAUCUUAUUUGCUGCAUGGAAUUGUAAGAACAACGAAAUUGCAUCGUACACAAAUACAACUCUUAGCAGAAGAUUUGAAGAAAUUCUUACUCAUAAUGGUGUUAAAUCUUUGCGGAUGACGGUUAAACCAGCAGGGAGUUAUCUUUAUUAUGUUUAUGAUUCGGGACGGAGGUACAUUGUAGAUAUUGAGCGUGGCACGUGCAAUUGUGGCCGAUAUCAAAUUGAUGAAAUACCUUGUCCACAUGGAAUUGUCGUAUUAAAAGGUAAAAAUAUGGAUGUAAAGGAUUAUGGUCAUUAUUGCUCUGAAUUGUACAGGCGACAAACCAUAGUGAAAACAUAUGAACUCCCGAUAGUUUCAAUGCCAGACAAGAAGGAUUGGAAUGUUCCAUGUUUUGUUGAUGAUGAAGAAGUUUUGCCGCCCAAAUAUCAAAGACCUCCUGGUAGGCCAAAAAAAGAAAGGCAUCUGAAUCAACUGAAUCAUUGUCUUCAAAUUCAAACUGCUGCGGUAAAUGCGCAAGAGCCGAUCACAAUCGUAGGACUUGUGGUUUCUUUCCUAAGGAAUCAUGAUGAAGAUAUUAUGUUUUUCUACAUGUUGAUGGUUUGUUUGUUUUUAGUAGUAUAA